AAUUAAAUGUACAUCUGCAGAAAUAUAAAAUUCAAUGCUGAAAUCACGUGUUAGAAAGCUUCAUUUCAGGAUAAAUCUUAGAAAAUUAUGUGGCAACAAUUGUGUUGUUGUUGUCAUUGUCAUGGUUACCGUGUGCGGCAAAAUUUCUUUUGUAUAUUGAACAAAAAUUAAAUAGAGAGAAGAGAAUGUUCGCUUUCGUCUAAUGUUAAAUACCUUCUCUAAAUAACAAAAAUGCAUUAAAAGUAUAAAUUUUUUUCAUGUGCAUUAUUUGUCGGGAAUAUAUUUUGUUUUGAUGAUGGAGUAUCGUUGAAAAAACGAACUGCAUUUGUAGUGCAUUAUAAUUUAGUGAAAAAAUUUCAAGAUGGAAAUUAGCUAUACUUACAUACAAAAGAGGAGAAUGUUCGGCCAAAAAUGCCAUUUUAGUAAUGUUGGUCCUCAUUUAAUUGUUGACAUUGAUCCAAAUCCGAAACUUAAGAAUGAGUAUGUUCAUAUUUCAAAUAUUGAAAAGGAAACUCAAUGUUCUAGUGCCAUGUCACUACAUGAGGCACAAACAGUUUUACAUUCAACAAGAAGCAGUGGCAUGAAUCAUGUGGUUGGAGGAUGGCCAGCUGAUGUUGAUCCUCGAGAUGAUGACCAAGUAGCACGCUUCAAGAAAAAGAUUCAGAAAGAUGAGAAUUUUAUUAACACCAUAAAGAAGCUCAGUGAUCUUGUUGAAACCUAUGUGAUGGAAAACAAUUCCAUUGAUAUAUAUGAAGAGUAUUUUGCUGAUAAUAAUUUAAAUAAUGAAGAUGAUGCUCAAUUCAAGACAGUAAGUGUGUUCAGAGACUACUCUGAGUUAAAAAGGAAGAUUCUUGAUCUCACUUGGUGUUUAGAUGGAUGUAAAAUUGCUGCAGCUCAUACAUACAGUGAAGUUGCCAACUCGCCUCUGAAUCCAUGUUUUGAUUCAUAUGUGUGGGAUAUUGAAAAUGCUAAUUUCCCUUAUUGUGUUCUGACACCAACUACUCAACUAUCUUGUGUGGAGUAUUCUCCCAGGGACCUGGAACUUUUAAUUGGUGGACAUGAUAAUGGACAAAUAGGUGUCUGGGAUGUUAGAGCUGGUGGGCAUCCACAACAAUUAUCACCUUUACAAAAAAGUCAUAAAGAAAGUAUAUCAGAUAUCAAAUGGAUCAGUUCAAAAACAGGACUGGAAUUUUUUAGUGGAUCGACGGAUGGAAAACUCAUUUGUUGGGAUGCUAGAAAUAUAUCAUCUCCAACUCAAGUAAUGUAUUUUGACCAAAAACUUGGAGACCAAUCAAAUGAGAACAAAUCAUACAGCAUCACAUGCCUUGAAUAUGAUCCUACACUGCCUCAUCGCUUCAUGAUGGGUACAGAACAAGGAGUCAUGUUGUCUUGCAAUCGUAAAUUCAAAGAGCCAGCCGAAAUGAUAUCAUCCUGCUAUUAUACACAAUCAGGUCCAGUUUUAAGAAUAGAGCGAAAUGCAUUCCUUCCGAAAUUAUUUGCCUCAUGUGAUGCUUUUGGAGUAAAAAUAUGGUCUGAAGAUCUCACUAAAUCACCUAUGUUAAACUUAAUAUCUCAAGAUGGCUAUGUGGCUGAUGUAGCAUGGAGCACAUCACAUGCAUCAUUUUUGUUUGUUUGUAAAACAACUGGCAACUUUGAAUUAUGGGAUAUCCUCAUAAAGAACCAUGAGCCUAUCAUAUCUUUUAAAUUGGAAACUGAUGGUUUAAUAUGCAUCUGUCCUAAGCAAAUGGGAGAUCAAGUAGCUUGUGGCACUGCUAUUGGCUGUAUACAUUUGCUGCAGGUACCUCAGUACCAGACAUCUACAUUAAAACAUGAAAAAAAUCUUGUUGCAGCAAUGAUAGACAGAGAAGCAAAGCGUGAAAAGAUUCUGGAAGGAAAGACGAGAGAACAACGAAUUAGAGAAGAAUUUCCAGCAGAACAGUUAGAGGCAAAGGAAGUCACAGAACCAGCUGCCCAAAGCAAAUUUAGUGCUGAUGAUAAAAUAGAAAAUGCUGAAUAUGAAUCGGCAGAAUUCGUUUCACAGUUCGAUUCAGACUCGAAUGAAGCAGAUGAUGACGUAGGUGAAAAUGAUUUCCAUGAAAUAACAUUCAUGGAUAUUCAGUUUAAAGAUACUGUCAGAGCAGCUUUAAAUACUGAAGAGUAAUUGCAAAAAACUAUGGUAAUUUUUUCAACAGAUAUUUGUUUAAAAGAUUAAUUCUAAAUAUUGAUUUAUUUAAUUCAUUUUAUGGACAGUGGCCAACAGUUAUUUUUAACUUAGCAGUUAUAAAAGACACAAAGAGAUGCAAGAAAAAAGCUCUAAAAUAAAACUGAUCAGGGGGAAAAAACCUUUCAAAUAAAAAAUUUUCCCGCUACAUUCUCCUGAUUUAAGGCGAUGUAUUGGGUAAGAAGGAUUAUCUAAUCUUUCUGUAGUUUCUAUCAGAUAUAAUAUUGCUGUAGCUAUUAAAUACUAUGAUGGGUUAGGCUAGGUAAUGGCUAUCGGGUUGUGAAGUACUUUUUAAGCGAGAUUGGUUUGUUUAUAUGUUAUAUACAUUGGGGGGGGAAUGAAAACUACCCAUGCAGCCAACUUGUUAGUACAUGUUUGCACUUGGAUUUGAACUAUUAUAACAUGAAUAAAUUUACUUAACUAAGGGUUUCAUUUUAUGGUAGUAACCUUUAAUUGCUAUUAUUUGUUUCAAUUAAAUUUUCAAAGGGAGUAAAAUGGCCCAGUAUCGAACAGCGAGCACUUUUGUGUCAAUCUUCCUUUAACACUUUGUGCUAAUUGCUCUCAUGUCACUAAGCGCUUCAUGUGAGCAGCAUGUAGCUGCAGAAUAACUGAAUAAAACACAUUAAUUUUUUUUUCUCGUUGCUAAACAAUGAAUGGGGUAUGAGGUUUCUACGAUAGUUGGACAUAUACAAUAGAAAUAAUAUCCAAACAUACACAAGACAGCAGUAAACUGCCAAAGCCUUCUUCAAGCACUCAUUUGCAUCCAUAGUGUGCAAUGAUGGCUGGUGCCGGAUGCACAUAUGCAUCCAUGGACAACACUGAUGAUUUUUGUUGGAAGUGUAUAUGUGCCUAUAGCAGUUAAAGGGUUAAGUCUCUUUUAGUUCUUCCAUGACAGAGAAAACUCAGUUUCUUAGCCUUCAAGGAGGAAUAAAAAACCAAAUCUGUUUUUGAGGUUAUUCUAGAAUGUCAAGUCCCUUCCUACAAGGUCAAGUUGUCAGAGUGCUGGGGCAGCUCUACAACUUACACUUUUGAGGAAGGGCUGAAAAACAAGUCUUCAAGAAUGCACAGCACAGCCCUUCAAAAAAGUCGGGCUUUUCAUCUAAUUUGCAGCAAACACUUAAAACAAUGACAUCAAGAUAUCAGGAUGAUGUUACAUUACUAGCAUUCAAUGGUCUUCACUCAACCACUGAUGGGGCCAAUAUGAUGAUAAGAAUGAAUGAAUUCGCUAAAAUAAAGUCCUUCAGUAUACAAAUUGUAAAGAACGUCAAAUAGAACCUGAUGGGUAGAAAUUCUUGUGAGAGGCCUUGGUGAUAUUUCGGAAGCUUUUGAAAAAUGCACUUUCAAAACUCUGUGAGAAAUUAUUCUUGGGGCUUCUAGAAGUGCUAAGCAACUCAAUACAUACAGCUGCAAUGGAAAAGGGUUUUAUUAAGAUUUGAAGGAAUCUAGAGCACUCAGCAACAACCUAUAGGAACUCAGCAGUACCAAUAAUCUGUAGAAAUCUAUAGCACUUAAUUUUUGUGUAGACAAAAAUUAAUUAUACACAACUUUGUUUCAUCUUAUUAUUUUUAUUCACUAAGAAGUCUAAAAACAAAAUCCACAGACUCUUAAAAAAACUUCUUAUGGUACUAUACUGUUCACAGUAUGAGAACAGUUAAUACUGUUUUUCUGAGAUUUGGUAGGAUAUUAGAUAAGGAUUCAAGAGAGCUAUCAAGUUAUCCUGUAUGAAAAGAAAGGAAACCACUGGAACUGUAACUCUUAAUGUAACUGGCAAAAGAAUAAAAUCCCAGAAUACUCCCAGUUGAGGAAAAAUCAUACAUGAGCAUACUUUGAUCGAUGAAACAGAUGUGAGCAAUUCAAGCAGUAAACAGCAGAUUGUGGGUUGGAAAUUAAAUUUCCUCGAAGUUAUGUUAUGCUUUACCUUAUGGGUUUGCACGGAUGAUUUUGCCGAACUCAUGUAUGUUAUAAAUUGAAUAUGAGAUACAGUAAAUGCAGAUAAUACUCUCUUCACCUAGAAAUUUAGGUUUAGCAAUACUGAAGAGUUUGAAGGAAAAAAAAAAUUACAAAUACCAACUUGUUUAUAACACAUGACAUACACAAGAGGAUAUACAGUGCAAAAUGACUCAGAUGAGAAAUAACCUAAUUAAGUAGAUUUUGUAUCAAAUAAUGUUAGUACUUCAGAAAAUGAAGGGAAAAAUUUGUUUUGUAAGCCCCUUGCUCUGUUUUUGGCUACAAAAUUCAAUAUUCUGCAAUCAGUUCUUAAUUUCAUUAACAUAAUUCUUGUAAUAAACCAAUAUACAUAUAACUA